AUGUCAGUUCUUUUUUGCAGGAGCACAGGUCUACGGCCCAGAUCCAGGUCUCCCAGUCCAGGUGAAAAAUCCAAAAAGUCCAAAGACAAGAAAAACAAGAAUAAAAAGGAGCAUAAGCACAAGAAGGAGAAGAAGAAGAAGAAGCAUAAAAAACAUAAGCACAAAGGCAAAGAGAAGAAAAGCCGGAAAGACGAGAGCAGCUCUGAAAGCGACAGCGACGAGAACGCGGCAGAAGUGUGUACAGAGGAACUGCUCCGGAGGUUGAAGACCGUCCGCUCUCAGUGUCCUCUGUGA